AUGGGGCAGACUGUGACGACUCCUUUAUCUUUGACUAUGGACCACUGGACGGAUGUUAGGGCCAGAGGAAGGAAUUUGUCAGUAGAAAUUAAGAGAAAGCCUUGGCAGACUUUUUGCACCUCGGAGUGGCCCACCCUCCGAGUUGGCUGGCCCCUGAUAGGGACUUUUGAUUUGCUCACUAUCGGGGCCGUGAAAGCUGUUGUCUUUCAGGAAGGACCCGGAGCACAUCCAGACCAGCAGCCGUAUAUUACGGUGUGGGAAGACUUGGUACGGUCCCCACCCGAAUGGGUCUGAACGUUUCUCACUUCUAAUCAUCCCCUGAUGCCCCGGCCAUUCUGCCCUUCCACCCCCCAUCUCCCAUUAAUUAUGACUCUGAAAGGUGGAAAACGCGACAUUUCACCGGCGUCUGUCCCGAAGAUUUACCCCGAGAUAGAAGAAGUCCCCGAAUGGCCCACUCCUCCACCCUAUCCCCGUGCCCCGCAGCCCGCACCCCAACCCUUGGCCCCGACACCUCCCCCUCCUGCUCCGGCUCCAGAGGUCGGGGAGAGGGAGGGCCCCUCCGCAGGAACAAGGAGCCGGCGAGGUGCCAUCCCUGAAGGACCAGCUGACUCCACGGUGGCCCUUCCCCUUAGGGCUGUUGGGCCACCCCCUGGUCCAGAUAAACAGAAUGCCUUACAGCUUUUACAAUAUUGGCCUUUCUGCUCCUCUGACCUUUACAAUUGGAAAACUAACCACCCCCCUUUUUCAGAUAAUCCAGCAGGACUCACAGGGCUAAUAGAGUCUCUGAUGUAUUCACACCAGCCCACUUGGGAUUAUUGUCAGCAGUUUUUGCAGACCCUGUUCAGUACUGAAGAGAGAGAGGGAAUUGUUCUUGAGGCCCGAAAGAAUGUUGAGACAAUGCUGGGCACCUUGUCCAGACCCCCAGAAGGGAUAGAUGAAGGAUUCCCCCUGUUGUGUCCUCAAUGGGAUUAUAACACGGCACAAGGUAGGGAACGGAUGUCCAAUUACUGUCGGGCUCUAGUGGCGGGUCUCAGAGGUGCUGCACGAAGGCCCACAAAUUUGGCUAAGGUAAGAGAGGUCAUGCAGGGACCGACUGAACCCCCUUCAGUUUUCCUGGAAAGGCUCACGGAGGCAUACAGAAGAUACACCCUCUUCGAUCUUACAUCUGAGGGGCAACGAGCCUGUGUAAUCAUGGCUUUUAUUGGGCAGUCGGCCCCUGACAUUAGGAGGAAAUUGCAACGGAUCGAGGAACUGCAGGAUUAUACAAUAAGGGAUGUAGUUAGAGAGGCUGAGAAAGUGUAUCACAAAAGGGAGACAGAGGAAGAGAAGCAAGAACGAGAAAAAAGAGAAAGAAAGGAUGAGGAUAGGAGAGAAAAGAGGCAAGAAAAGACUUUGACUAGGAUAUUGGCCACAGUAGUAGGCAGGGAUAGGAGAGAUAGGAACAGACAGCUAGGGAACCUGGGAGACCACCCCCCUCUGGGGAAAGAUCAGUGUGCUCACUGCGGAGAAAAAGGACACUUGGCCCGUGAGUACCCCAAGAAGAAGCAGGGGACAAAGAUAUUGUCCCUCGGGAUUGAUGAAGUGGGGGGACAGGGAUCAGUCCCCCUCCCCGAGCCUAGGGUAACCCUACAUGUGGAGGGAACUCCCAUAAAUUUUUUGAUUGACACAGGUGCAGAAUAUUCGGUGCUGAAAACUCCUCUGGGUAAGGUUAAAAAUGAAAAAACACUGGUAGUCGGGGCUGCGGGACAAAAAUCUUACCCAUGGACUACCUCUCGGACAGUAGCCUUGGGGAAGAGUAUAGUAACUCACUCGUUUCUAGUCAUUCCUGAGUGUCCUAUACCCCUACUGGGAAGAGAUUUGCUGACCAAAUUAAAGGCACAAAUAACCUUCACCCCCUCUAGACCGGAAUUGCCCUGGGGAACUGCCCCUCCCCAGGCAUUGGAACUAUCUUUGCAGUUAGGAGAAGAGUACUGGAUUUAUGAGAAGGAGAUAAAGGCUGCCACCCCUGAAAGGCUGAAGGACUGGCUCGAUCGGUUUCCCCUGGCUUGGGCUGAAACGGGAGGGAUGGGAAUGGCAAAGCAGGCCCCUCCAGUAGUGGUGGAGCUCAAGUCCGGUGCCACCCCCAUUAGGAUCCGUCAGUACCCUAUGGGGAAGGAAGCUCGGGAGAGGAUAUGUCCUCACAUCGACUGGCUAAUCCAUGAAGGGAUCCUGGUCCCCUGUAAAUCUGCCUGGAAUACCCCCCUCCUUCCAGUGAAGAAGCCAGGGACGGGUGAUUAUCGUCCUGUACAGGACCUUAGAGAAGUUAACAAAAGAAUACAGGACAUACACCCCACCGUUCCCAACCCUUACAACCUGCUCAGCACACUGCCGCCUGAACGAGCCUGGUAUACAGUGUUAGACCUUAAAGAUGCCUUCUUUUGUCUAAGAUUGCACCCUAACAGUCAACCCCUGUUCGCCUUCGAAUGGCGGGAUCCUAAGAGCAGUCGGAUGGGGCAGCUCACCUGGACCAGGUUGCCUCAAGGGUUCAAAAAUUCUCCAACCCUGUUUGAUGAAUCUUUACAUCAGGAUUUGGCUCCUUUUCAAGCCCACAAUCCACAAGCAACCCUUCUACAAUAUGUAGAUGACCUUCUCUUUGCAACCGAGACACAUGAAGAAUGCGAACGUGGGACACAAAAUCUCCUGGCUGAGCUAGGUGAGUUGGGGUAUCGGGUUUCAGCUAAAAAGGCACAGCUGUGUCAGACGGAAGUGACCUAUUUGGGAUACACUCUGAAGAAUGGACAGCGAUGGCUCACAGAAGCCAGAAAGCGGACAGUGAUGCAGAUCCCGACCCCAACCACCUCUCGCCAGGUAAGAGAUUUCCUGGGAACGGCGGGGUUCUGCAGACUCUGGAUCCCAGGGUUUGCUACCCUGGCAGCCCCCUUAUACCCGUUGGCUAGAGAAAAAGGGGAAUUUGUGUGGACCGAGGAACACCAAUUGGCCUUUGAAACCCUAAAAAAGGCGCUGCUACAGGCCCCCACUCUAGCACUACCUGAUCUGAACAAGCCUUUUACCUUGUACAACGAUGAGAGAAAUCGAGUAGCAAGGGGGGUUCUUACUCAGACAUUGGCUUGGAAGCGCCCUGUAGCUUACCUGUCAAAGAAGUUGGACCUGGUGGCCAGUGGAUGGCCCUCAUGUUUAUGGGCAAUCGCAGCCACUGCAGUGCUAGUAAAAGAUGCUGAUAAGCUAACUAUGGGCCAAAAUGUGACCAUAGUGGCCCCUCACUCCCUCGAGAGCGUCAUCUGGCAGCCUCCAGACUGUUGGAUGACUAAUGCCAGGAUGACCCACUACCAGAAUUUCUUGCUGACCGAGCGGGUGACCUUUGCUCCACCUGCUAUUCUCAACCCUGCCACCUUGCUACCUGAGACCAAUGAAGCCCCCAUACACCACUGCGGGGAUAUGUUAGCUGAGGAGGCCGGAACUCGGUCAGACUUAACUGAUCGUCCUUGGCCUGGGGCCAUGACUUGGUUCACAGACAGCAGCAGCUUCGUGGUAGAAGGUAAGCAUAGGGCUGGGGCAGCGGUAGUGGAUGGAAAAUCUAUCAUAUGGGCCAGCAGUUUACCUGAAGGGACAUCAGCUCAGAAGGCAGAGCUCACUGCACUGAUCCAGGCCUUGAGGCGUGCAGAGGGAAAGGCUGUCAAUAUCUACACUGACAGCCGAUACGCCUUUGCAACUGCCCACGUCCAUGGAGCAAUAUACAGGCAGCGCGGACUAUUAGCUUCUGCUGGAAAGGAGAUUAAAAAUAAAGAAGAAAUUCUCAGCCUGUUAGAAGCUGCUCACUUGCCCCGCAAGGUGGCAAUCAUUCACUGUCCAGGACACCAGAAGAGAAAUGGGCCAAUAGAAAAUGGAAAUCAAAUGGCAGACCGGGUAGCAAAAGAUGCGGCACAAGGGCCACAAAUUUUAACCCUUAAAGCCCCACCACAGUCAGCAGAGGAGAUUUUAGAAAAAAGAGAAGAGGGGCUAGAAUACUUGACUAACAUACAUCGCCUCACCCACCUGGGAGAAAAAAAGAUGAUAAAGCUGGCCGAUAAGUCCCCUUAUCAUAUCCCACAGCUACACAAGAUAGUGGAAGAAUUGAUAAAAAAUUGCCAAGCUUGCGCACUCACUAACGCAGUGCCGAACAGAACCAGUAGCGGAAAACGUUUAAGAGGGGACAGACCGGGAACCUAUUGGGAAAUUGAUUUUACUGAGGUAAAGCCAGCAAAGUAUGGAAAUAAAUACCUUCUAGUUUUUAUAGACACUUUUUCAGGGUGGGCAGAGGUUUUUCCCACCAAAAGAGACACGGCUAACAUGGUAGCCAAGAAGAUACUUGAAGAAAAUUUUCCUCGGUUUGGGAUACCUAAGGUAAUUGGGUCAGACAACGGACCUGCCUUUGUCGCCCAGGUAAGUCAGGGAUUAGCCAGACAACUGGGGAUAGAUUGGAAAUUACAUUGUGCCUAUAGACCCCAGAGUUCAGGACAGGUAGAAAGAAUGAAUAGAACACUAAAAGAGACCUUAACUAAAUUGAUCUUAGAGACCAGCAGGAAUGAUUGGACAGCCCUUCUCCCCUAUGCCCUGUUCCAGGUUCGAAAUACCCCCGGAGCUUCAGGUUUAACACCUUUUGAAUUAAUGUUUGUGGCGCCCCCGCCCAUUCACAUAACCACAGAGGAUAGAGUACAUCCUGACGUACCCCCCUCCCUCAUCCCCUCGUCUUGCCUUCUAGCCCAUUUAAAGGCCCUCGAGAUCGUCCAAAAAGAGAUCUGGAAACAGUUGAAAGAGACCUACAUGGACGACCUGCAGGUGCCACACCGCUUUGAAGUGGGAGAUACAGUCUUGGUGAGAAGACAUCGGGUGGGGAGCCUCGAACCUCGGAGGAAAGGACCCUACCUAGUACUGCUGACCACACCGACUGCCAUAAAGGUAGAAGGAAUCCCCACCUGGGUCCACGCCUCACAUGUUAAGAAGGCUCCCCGCGGACCUGAUCGAGAUGAGUGGGCUCUGGAAAAGACUAAUAAUCCUCUUAAGCUACGUCUACGCCACUUGCACCCCACUGAAGAUUGA